CUCUUUUUCUUUCUUGUGUCGGAAGUAGUGAUGAAAGUAGGUAAUGUGUUUGUGAACGUAAUGUAACGAUUGUAGUUCAAACUCCAAAAAAUUAAUGUCUAUAGAGAUAAGGUAAAUAUCUCGACAUACUGAAAUUAGAGAAAUAAAGAAUUACUCAAAAAUGAAGAUUUGGACCUCUGAACAUACAUUUCACCAUCCUUGGGAGACAGUCGCUCAGGCAGCAUGGAGGAAAUAUCCUAAUCCCAUGAAUCCCGCCGUCAUCGGGAUCGAUGUGGUCGACAGAAAAGUAGUGGAUGGAGUUUUACACACUCACAGACUUGUCAGUUCAAAGUGGUUUUUUCCACGCUGGGCGCAAGCACUUAUUGGCACAGCCAAAAUAUGCUAUGCCAGUGAAAAGUCUGAAGUGAACCCAAACGAACGGAAAAUGACAUUGAAGACAACAAAUCUAUCAUUCUGUCGAUAUAUUGCUGUUGAUGAAACUGUCAAGUAUACUCCAGACCCUGAAGACCCCUCAAAAACCCUUUUAACCCAGGAAGCUGUGGUCACUGUCCAAGGAGUGCCACUUAGCAGCUACAUGGAAGAUUUGUUAGCAAAUAAAAUAUCAUUAAAUGCAGGAAAAGGGCGUCAAGCAAUUGAAUGGGUUAUAGGUAAACUAGACUCUGAAAUAAAAGAAUUAGCCAAUUCAGCAUGCAAGAGCACAGAUGAGCUUCUAUCACAAACUAAGAAGUCAAUAGAUGAUAUAACUACCACAGCACGAAGAUCAAUGGACGAUAUAUCAUCCAAAGCUAAAAGAUCUUUGGAUGACAUUGAAAAAUUCAGAAAGGCAAAUGCUAAUCAACGAAGCUGAAAGGAGGAGUGAUCCUUGAACUCUUGAAAACAGAGGUGGAAUAAAUUUGUUUUACUUGAUUACUGGCUGUUAAAUAAGUAUCCUUAUGUGAACAAUUUUAUUACUUAGAGUUUAACACCAACUUUACUAUUUUUUAUUUUACUGCAUAAGGAUUCUAUAAUAAACAUUAGUUUGCAUUAAACCAUUGAUCUUAACCAUAGUGUAUCGUUAUUUAUAGUGAGGAAUGUAUUUAAGUUUUUAUUAUUGUUAUUUAUUUGUGUAUAUAUAGCAAAUUGUAUUUCUGAUUUAAACAAGCUUACUUACGGAGAAAAUAGUUUUCUCAAAAGAUGCAUUUUAUGUGUUUUUUUUCUACAGUGUGGAGUAUUUCAUUGUGUAUUUGAACUAGAGUAUUUGAAACACAUAUAAUUGGUUUUUAUGUAAAACAUGAAAGUAAUCUGAAGUUUGAUUUUAGAUAUGUAUCAUUGUAAAAUAUGUUGUAUAUUGAAAGGUUUCUAAAGCAUAAUUACUAAACAGUAUUAGGAAAAUAAUUGAUGUUGUGAAGAUUGAUGUAAAAAGCAAAACUAUUCCAUAAACACUGCUCACUAUAUUCUUUCAUGUAUAUUUUCAUUUAAUAAAUUUUUGUAUCUGGCUGUC